UAAAGCUUUCCAGCGACGAAGACGAAAUUUGUUUCGUGAAAUAAAAACCAAAACGGACCUCAUCCGGAUUUAAGAAAGACUGUGAUCAGAGGAUUCGAUGGGUGACAGAAGAAUUCUGAUUCUGUAUGGAAGUCAGACAGGAACAGCGCAGGAUGUUGCGGAGAAGUUUGCCAGAGAGGCUAAACGACGCUUACUGUCCACCAGAGUUAUGCCCCUUGAUGACUACACAGUGGUGAACCUCCUCAAUGAAGAGCUGGUGUUGUUUGUUUGUGCCACAACAGGACAGGGGGACCCUCCCGACAACAUGAAGAUGUUUUGGAAAUUUAUAAUGAGGAAGAAUUUGCCAAAUAAUUCUUUAAUGAAGAUGAAGUUUGCUGUUCUGGGCCUUGGAGAUUCUUCAUAUCAAAAAUUCAAUUUCAUUGCCAAGAAGUUGUAUAAGCGGCUUGUACAGCUUGGGGCGGAGGGCUUACAGUCGGUGGGACUAGCGGACGAUCAGCAUGACCUUGGGGCUGAUGCAGUGAUUUAUCCGUGGAUGAGAGAUUUGUGGCAGAAUGUUCUAAGUCUGUACCCACUGCCUCCAGGACAAGAAAUAAUCCCAGCGGAUGUCAAACCCCCUCCUAGAUAUAAGGUGGAGAUAAACCCUGCAGAAGACAGAGUCCCUGGGGUAUCCUCAUCGGAAUCUAAUGGUAUAUCACAGUAUGGCAAGGACUGUCCGUUUCAUGCUCCAUUGAUCAGCAAUGAACGGUUAACAAGUGAUGACCACUGGCAGGACGUUCGACUGAUUCGAUUGGACGUACGAGGCUCAGGAAUCAAAUAUGACCCAGGAGAUGUUGUGAUGAUACAGCCACAGAACUCAGAAGAUUCAGUUCAAGAAUUCUUAACAAUGAUGAAAUUGGAUCCACAACAAAGAUUUACACUGCAGCAGAAUGAUCCUAAUAUUCCCCUACCAUCUCAGCUACCACAGCCCUGCUCUGUCCACCAUUUGGUACAACAUUACUUAGACAUUAAUUCAGUUCCCAGGCGUUCUUUCUUUGAGUUCAUGGCUCUGUUUUCAACCAAUGAACUGGAGAAGGAAAAACUGCAGGAGUUUUGUACUCCGGAAGGACAGGAAGAGCUCUAUUCCUAUUGUAAUAGAGUCAAAAGAUCUAUUCUGGAGGUUUUACAAGAUUUUCCCCACACAAGCAGUUGGCUACCUUUUGAAUACCUCUUCGAUGUUAUACCUCAACUCCAACCUCGUGCAUUUUCCAUAGCCUCAUCUCAAGUUGUUCAUCCUGACGAAAUUCAAAUACUGAUGGCAGUUGUAGAAUAUAAAACUAGACUUCAAAAACCCAGAAGAGGAGUCUGUUCAACAUGGCUGUCGAGGUUAAAGGUUGCAGAGAGACCUGUGGUCCCUCUGUGGGUCAAGAAAGGAACAAUCGUAUUUCCUAAAGAGGCUGUUACUCCAGUGAUCAUGGUGGGACCAGGCACAGGUGUUGCUCCUUUUAGAAGUUUCAUCCAAGAGAGAUCCACUGCCCCAUCAAGCAGAAACAUCCUUUUCUUUGGAUGUAGGAAUCGGGACAAGGAUUUCCUCUGUAAGGAGGAGUGGGAGUCUGCAGUUAACAAGGGCUACCUAGAGCUGUACACAGCAUUCUCCAGGGACCAGGAAGAAAAGGUGUAUGUCCAUCAUGUGAUGUCUGACAAGGGAGCUUUACUGUGGAAACUCCUAGUGGAGGAGAAAGCCUGGUUCUUCAUUGCCGGAAAUGCCAAACAAAUGCCUGAUGAUGUGAAAUCGGCUCUCCACAAUAUCAUACAACAACACGGACACAUGACGAGUGCUGAAGCGGAGAGCUAUAUCCAUCGCCUGGAGCAGACUCGAAGAUUCCAGGCGGAAACCUGGAGCUGAUGACGUGAAGGAUUAGUAAUAAAAUAUUGAUUUUAAC